CGCCCGCAUCUUCAACUCCUCUUCUUUUCUCCAACAACUCCACCUCAGGGCAUGAUCGCACUUUCAGGCUUGACUUCUCACUGCAAGGCAGAAUGCCGAAGCUGCCCUCGCAUUCACGCUCCCUGCGCUUGGCGCUGCAGCCAUCGGGAGCGGCGGGUCGCUCGGUCACUUCCUCGCCGCCGAGAACCCUCGCACACCCGCGACAUGGUAUCUUGAAUGACCCAUGGCUACCCGCGCCUUCGACGGUGCAACUGCCUACGGCAUAUUUUUCACCGACUAGAGUACGCAAAGACUUGAAUAUCCUCAGUGGUGGUCCGGGGCAGAACGACCACAAGCCGCCAGAUGAGCGGGUCUUGAAGCUUGGAAAGACUCUUCGGACACUAUCCCCUCUUCUCCCCACGAUACUCUACAAUACUCUUCCAUCCGAGAUCCUAGCUCCGAGCGUUAACCUCCACCUCUUCCCAUCAACCCACCCACAUCUCCCCACCGUCAAGGGACGCACAUUAUACCGCGCCGCGCUAUGGACUGUUCCCGUAGCAUGGAGCAGCGUCCCACUUGUGGGAAACGUGAAGCUACAAAUCCUGAGCGAGCGGAUCGUGCGCGCGGGAACAAUCCUCGACCCGAAGCACGAAGACCAGCAUGACUGCGGCGAUGAGCGGCUAGUUGUACGAUGGAGAACGGAACCGCGCACAGAUAGCCGUCCAUUCCACGAUUCACAGAAAUCAUCCGGAUCACAGAUCGACGGCCAGAGCUCGUCGUACCCGUCCAAGGAAGGCGCAGGACUGACGCCGGGACAGAGUCACCUCUCGUCCUCAAAGAAUGGGACAAAUCGAGGACUCAGUGUGCUUCUCGGUGGCGACGAGCCUAUUUUCAAGCUCUCCAAGGAAGGGCAAUUUACGGGCUUGUUCAUCUUCUCGUUUGAUGAAAAGGGUCGCAUCCUGACGCAUACUAUUGAGCAUGCUGAUGAGGCGGAAGGCUGGGAUCGGACUUCUAAGUUUGUCACUUUGACUGACUGGCUUAUCGGCAAGGCACGUGAAUCUCUUGAUCCAACGCCAAAUCCGGGGCUGGCUAUGUCGUGUGAAGACUAUGGGUCAGCACCUGAACACAACGAAUACCAUCCUAGGCGCUCAUGAGUUGAUGGGUUUUCCGGAUCCACCCUAUGCAUAUGCUUCAUGAAGCAAGCCUCUACUUGGUAUCCUCGAAUGAAUGACGUUAUUGCUGAUCAUUGCAAACAGAGCUUUUCAUACAUGAUACGGCUCCGGUCUUCUGAAAGGACCACGGAUCUUGAAGGAAACCCCUUUCAUCAACCUAAGAUAACGCGUGUACCACCACUGUACUCAUAUCCACCUCUUUCUUUACUUGGAUACAUCUUUGGCUCAAUCUUGGAUUUCGCAGUCCACAUCUCUCUUCAAUCGCCUCUCCUGUUUUCUUGCACAUGUGUACUAUACCCUUUGUCUGAUGUAUUACUUGAAAUGCAUAUUGUCAAUCCUCGACA